AGGCUUUUGACUGUCUAACCUUCCGAUUAGAGGGUCACUAUUCUCGGACAUACUCUUAUCAAACACGCUAAUCCUUAUUUUAAUAUACACUACGAAAUAGCAUCCGGGUGAAUCUGUGAACCUAUUAAUAAUGGCUAAAAGUGUCAGAUCAAAGAAAAUGCGUGCUAACCGCGCUGAGCUGCGCAAGAGGUACGCUCCCAGAGAUGCAGCACUUCUGAGCAAAACGGUAUCCAAGAUCAAUGCUGAGGUAGCAGAGACGAUUGCUGACCUCAAGGCCGAGAAGGUAAAGGAAGAAUCCGCUAAAACUGAAGCAAAAGAGAAUGGCAUGGACGUUGAAGGCGAGGCCAAAGAGAAGGAGAAUGAACCUUUAUUUCCCAACAAAGCGCAGCGAAAGAAGCAAAAACACACACUCAAGGUUAAGAAGCUGCACAGGAAGGGGGUGAGGAGUACUAAGCGAUACAAUAUGUAAAUAUAUCUUUGGUGAUGUACUCCAUGAUAAUAGAAUAUUAAGAGCCGCGCAGUUUUGAUUCCGCUGAGACGCGCUACAUGAUGUGGGUGUUCUCUUCUGUAUGCUACAUACUGCAUAGAACACACUGUCAAGGUGGCCAAUCAUGAGUUGCAGACUCGCCCAUAUAUACACAUAUAUGAAUAUGUACAUAUGUCAAUUUAUGCAUGAAUAAUUAUGUAUAUAGAAUACGCGAGAGAUUUUAAUUGGUGAAUCCCGUGUCAGUAUGCCAGUGCUGCGGACGUUAGAAAAAUACUGAGAUUCUGAAGAACAGCUAAAAUAAUAAGUUUGUGCGCUCGGAGCAAACGAUAGGGACGGAAGAGAAAUACAUGAAUAUAAAUUACGAUUACAUACACAUGUUUACAAGACCAGAUU